CAAAUAUGCAAAUAAAAUCGUUCUUGUCUAAUUAAAUAUGUGUAUUUAUAAACAAGUUUAAAAUAUGUGGACUUCGGUUUAUACCUUAUCAAUGGCGAUAAUAAUCGCGCGGUCAUGAAUAGUAACAUAUAAUAAAUAUGAAAAUAUAAGAUCAUUAUGUAUAUUUGUGAAUAAUUUAUUCACUUUGUUUAAUACAAUUGGAAUUAGUUUUACUCUACAUCACAUUUAAAAACACCUAAAUUGUCCAAGAUGAGUAAUACAGCGCCCAAUUAUAUGUUUGGAAUUAUGGGUGCCUGCGUUGUCGGAAUAGUUGGUGCAGCAGGAAUGUUUAUAUAUGAAAAGGUUCUAGCUGAGAAGAAGCGUCGUAUGUUAUGCAAACAAGUAGAUAGUCUCGAUAAACGUUUAGAAUCUCUGCAAGCAGAAUUGGAUGCUUUGCGUAAGCUACAGAAAGAAACAGCACAAAAAGAAGCAAACAAAUCAAAACACAGGCGCAAAAGAAUAAAACCUUUAGAUGGAUCAGUUAAAAGUACAAAAUCUGAAACCGAUUCUCCUGUGUUGUAUAAUUCAGAUACAGAUAUGUAUACCUCAGCUUUGUCAACAGAUAUGGACAAUUCAUCAGAUGAAUUUUAUGAUUUAUCUACUGAUACUGAAGAUGAAAAAACUACUAGUGUGGUUGAGGCUCUUGAAAUAGUUGACAAUACUCUUAAGGCAAGUCAUAAUAGUGAAGCAGAUCUUAAAUCUGUUUUAGUUAAAUUAAAUGAAACAACAAAACAAUCUAAUGAAAAUGCAGAAUUAUACUGGAGACUAGCUAAAGUUUGUUAUAGGCUCUCUAUUUUGGCAACAGGACAAGAAAGAGAGGAAUGGAUAAGCAAAGGGUUAAUCAAUGCUGAAAAAGCUUUAGAAUUAAAUGAAGCUAAUUCAGAAUGUCAUAAAUGGUAUGCAAUACUUAUGGGCUCAAGAGUUGAAUUUUUAGGUAUCAAAGAUAAAAUCGAAGAAGGUUUUGUGUUUAAGAAGCAUGUUGAACGAGCUUUGGAAUUAAAUCCUAGUGAUCCUUACUUAUAUCAUUUACUUGGCAGAUUUAAAUAUGAGGUGUCUGGUUUAACAUGGAUAGAAAGAAAAUUGGCAUCUAGCUUGUUUGCUGAACCCCCCACAUCUACUUAUCCCGAAGCUAUUGAAGAUUUUAAAAAAGCAGAGGAACUUUCAAUACUGCCUUCACGAGAUAAUAGGUUUCUUCUUGCAAAAUCAUAUAUAGCUAUCAGUGACUUUGAGAAUGCAGCUAAAUGGUUAAAACUAGCUAAAAGUACACAAUCAGAUGGCAGUGCUACAAGUAAGGUUAAUGAUGAAGAAUUAGAUCGCUUGCUGUCAAAAUAUAGCAAUCUAGAAAAUUCUAUGGAUUGAAGUUUGCAUUCUAUAUCUUGCUCAUAUAGUAUAAAUUGCCUAAUUCAUAGCCCAUAAAUACUUUAGGAUAAUUAAGUAUCGACUGAAACAUAAUUUAUGUUAAAAUAAGUUCAAAUUGUUGACA